CUUUAACACUUGAGGUCGGUGCACCUCUCAAAGUUAUCUCAAGUUCUCAAUGAGAGCAGUACGAUGCUUGCAAUAAGCCUGACUUUUCAGGGAUAGUGAUACAUUAAAACAGAUUUCUUACUGCUGUCGGCCGGCAGUUCCUUCCCUAUGGUCCAACAUUUUUGCUCAUGUGCUGUCGAUUUGAGCUCCUCGGCACCCUCAUUCUGUUCUACCAAAAUCUGAGAAGCCGGCGGGCCCAAAGGCGCGCCGAGCAGAUGGCAACCGCGAAGUCAAGGAAAAGGAAGACGGCGAUUAUUUCCCUUUAAGCCUUCAACUCGCCAAUUACAUCAUCCACGUCCAGGGCCCUCGUCAACAGCCAGAGAAAGAGUAGAAAAUAGAAGUACAGUUUAUAGAGACAAAACAACAAGAUGCUCCACGAAAUCCUCCUCUCCCUCUCGGGCCACCCCUCGCCACUCCUCCGCAACAUUUCUUCCUCCUCCUCCCCCCAAGCCUCUUCGAGUAACCCUGACAUCGCCACCUCGGCCGGCAUCCUCACCCCGCCUGAACGCGCCCUGCUAGCCUCCCUCGCCGAGCUCAGCGACCUGCACGUCGGCCUGAAAGCCGCGACGGCCCAGAUCGCCGCGUCGCACCCGUCCGUCAUCUGCCGCGCCGUCGCCUCGGCCAUCGACGCCAUCCACCUGGCGGCGUUCCAACGCAAGGUGCUGGCCGUCGAGGCCGCGCUGCUCCGCGGGGACGCCGCGCUCGUCGGCGCCCACCGCAUCGUCCCGCUCACCGCCCUCGUCGGCGAGUUUGAUGAUGGCUGCUGGAGGAGGGUGCUUGGGUUCCUGGCCGGCGUGGUCCGGUUCAUGGAAAGCAAGGGUGUUGAGGAGCGGGGAGGAGGAGGAGCAGGUCCGAAAGUCAUGGACAUGCUCCGUGCUGAGCUGCAGACUGGCUAUGCGGACGUGGAGCGGGCUGCUGGUGAGCUGGUCGCUGUCGCCGAGCGGGCGUGGUUGAAGCAGGUCUCUGCUUGGGUGCUGUACGGGAGGGUGGGAGGACCUGGGGAGGGGGAUUUCUUCGUCAGGGUAGAACUGGGCGAGGACGGGGAGCAGGAGUACGUUUGUGAGAGCGGCUUGCUGCCGUGCUUUGUCACCUCCGCGACGGCCGCGUCGAUGCUGUUCAUCGGCAGGUCACUAAACCAUAUCCGGGCUCUUAGCGCGCGUGAUUACAGCUUGAGAGGCAAUGAUCAUCUCUCAACACAGCUCACGCGUCUGGCGGCGUUGAAACACCCGAUUGACGCGGCUACGUUCUCAAACGCCAUCACGAAGAUUAGGCAUUUCCUUUCGAGGACUACCCUGCAGCGGCUGCUGCCCCUGAGCAAGGUGCUCGAGACGUUGAACCUUCUCCGGGAUUUCUUCCUGCUUCGCCGGGGAGAGUUCGCCAUGGCACUAACACAGCAGGCCGAGGAGAAAAUCAAGAGCCGUUGGAAGCGGGCAGAGAAUCUUGCUCAUGAAAGGCGGGAUACCCUUGGCAAUGUCACCAUGAAGGAGGGAGAGGUGGCGACGGUUUUGGCAAAGACUUGGGCGGCGAUGGGCUCAAUGCAGGGAGAGCAUGCGGAAGACGAUGAAGGGCUGGAGUUGGCUCGCGAUCUCUUAAGGCUGACAAUCUCCAAGUCAAGGACCUCUAGACCGCUUACUCCCGCCGUUACUGAAGGCGGAUUCGGUGCUAUUGCCCCUACGCCAUUCCGUAACCUUCUUUUCUCUAUCCCGGUCGUCUUGACACUACAGUUGCCUUCCCCGCUCGAUCUGUUUCUCAGCCAGACAGACCUGCAGACCUACACCGCCAUUAAUUCUUACCUCCUGUCCCUUCGGCGAGCCCAUAUCCGACUAACGGACUUGUGGAAGGUCACCGCCCUCCGCAGACACCACCCCGCGCCUCCGAGUCCACAAACCGGUUCGACUCGGGGCGGCAGGGAACAGACGCUCCUCUACCGUCAGCGGCACACGGUCAGGUCCAAUGCACUCCGCAACGCAUGGGCUACAGCCAGCGCUGCCAUCUUCUUUCUUGGCGAGCUUGAGGGCUACCUCCAAACUGAGGUUGUCGCGGGUUUAUCAGAUGGCUUUCACGCGUGGCUAACAACAAGCGAGGAUGAGCAAAGGCAGGGAAAGGCCACAUCAAAAAUGCCGUUAAACUUACCACUGGACGAAACCAGUCAUACGAACAAUGGGCAAGGCGACACCUGGGUCUCCGCAGCGCCUUCGUCCCCCACCCCUUCCACUACCCCUUCGUCAUCCUCCUCCUCCACACCACCAUCGGGAACACAAACUCAACCGCAUGACCCCCAAACCCUCUCCAUAGCCCACCGCGCCUACCUACGCAUCCUCGUCCACCGCCUUCUGCUCAGCCAGCAAUCCUUCACCGACCCCUUGUAUGAGCUUCUGGUGCAAAUCGACCACCUGGUCGCCCUCAUACACCGGCUACAGGCUGUCUGGGCGGCGGCCGACCUCGAGGCAGACAUGGGCGUCGUUGACGCCUUUGUUGAUCUGGCAAGGGAAGAGCGGGAUGUGCAAGGCGAGAUCCGCGGGGUGGAAAGGCGAGUGAAGCAAGGGAUUGAAGGGCUGAUCGCAGAGUUGAGGAGGCUGGAAGGGUCCGGAGCGCUUUUGGACCCCGGCGGCAUGGAUGACGGGCUUGGGGAUAGAGAGGGCACGCUCGCGGACUGGGGCAGUUAUGUCCCCAGGCGCGUGGGAGGGGUGGAUAGGUUGUUGAUGAAGCUGGACUUUGGGAGUUGGUUUGGGAGAGGGAGAGGCGACGAUGAUGGGGUGGAGCCCGAGCUUUGAGAGGUAGACAGCCAAACUGAAAUACCUAAUAU